AUAUGUAUGAGUGCGGGUAAAUAUAUAAAUCGGUAUAUAAAGGCGUUUAUAUAAAAUAGAUGGGAGCGCGCGGGCUGCGCUGCGCUCGGCUCAGUCGCGCGCGGACCUCGCAGCCGCUCGCCGCGGACCACCUCUCAUCUCCUCUCGCCUCUCUCUCCCGAUACGAGACGUUUUCGCGCCAGUUUCUCCGAUUCCAUAAACAAUGCAGAACAAACUUUUAAUUAUGUACAAAGUAAUUCUAUAAUUAAUUUGCUGGAAGAACAGUGUUUAUGUGUUAUGUCCUAAGUUUGGGUACUUCGCGUGGUCGGCCGGCGGAAGUUUUUCCAACUCGAUCCCAUCAAAAUGAUCUCCGCAUUAGUUCUUCUGAUGCUCGCCGUGGUCUACCCGGGCCCCCAUUGUUCGAGCGCGGCCACCGAGCCCGGGGCCCCCGCGACCCCCAUGCGCCCCACCGACCCACCGCCCGACGUAAAACGAUGCCGUCGUGUCCCGACCAACGAGACGAGAUCCAACUUCCCCGAAGUGAACAAGUUACGCAAGAACAAAGAAAGAGGCAACAUAUGGCUCAUGUUCCGUGGCAACAAAUAUGUUUACAUCCAGUGUUUAUAUCGAGACAACACUGAAACAAGCGACGAACUUAACAGACAAACUUUGGCCAUUAACGUCACCAAAAUCCUAUCAGCGGAUACUCAAAAUAUUGGUUACAUCAAAUUACUGGAGACGAAGAAAGGACUUGAGUGCGAAACUUUACUCAAGUGCACAUCCGUUGACCCAGAACGAUUGCAAGAUGGCAGUAAGGUGUAUAUUACUAAAGCAAGUCUAGAAAAGAUGGAGUGUGACGUGUUGUACGGGUCAGAUGUCCUUCAAAAUAGGCUUACCCGGUGCUCGUUAGUACGGGAAGCAGGCGUGGUUCGUUCGUUCAAACGAAAACGGUUAAAACGUUCUCCAGAUUCUCGGCCGGAGCUGGUGUACACGUUCAUAGAACAGGCUGUGCAGCCAGGGUCUCAGGUGGCGUUGAAAUGCUCAGCGGUUGGUGAACCACCUCCUCGGUUCCGAUGGUCCCUGGAUGGACAGCCUAUACCUAGUCAUCAUGGGGCUGUAAUAACGGAGGGACGGGAGAGCAGUCCCACAGGGUUGGGGUCUGGGAAUAACUACGUGUUGUCAACCCUAUCGGUGAACAGUGCAAGAGUCGAACAUGGCGGCCGGUACGAGUGCAGGGCUACCAACACACAUGGCAGCGUCGCUCAUGCGGCACGACUUAAUGUAUAUGGUCCCCCAUACAUCAGGGCCAUGAGCCUUGUGAAAGCUGUUGCGGGGUCUGAAGUGAUCAUUUGGUGUCCCUACUACGGAUUUCCAAUAGAUUCAGUGAAAUGGGAGGGCGGCGCGGGCACCGACCCUCGGUACCAGCAGAUGGAUGGACAGCUGACGAUCACCAACGUGGAUCGGAACAGGGACAAAGGAAGCUGGACCUGCUCCGUCCUUACACCAGGAGGGGAACUGGCUAGAAGAGAGGUACAAGUGACAGUGGUGUCACCACCAGUUCUGUCUCCAAUUGUCUUCCCUCCUGGACUGAGGGCUGGUGAUCGUUCACAGCUGACAUGUACUGUGACGUCAGGAGACAUGCCAGUCUACUUCUCCUGGUUGAAAGACCAGAUGCCCAUCUCCAGUGCUCUUCAGGUUGACGAAAGAGGAGCAGAGUUUUACAGCAUGCUUCUAUUCAAGAGUUUGACUGCAGCCCACAGUGGAAUAUACACGUGUGUCGUGACCAACACUGCUGGGAAAGCCAACAUGUCCGCUGAACUGGCCAUCAAAGUCCCACCAUACUGGCAGAUAGAGCCUUCAGAUACCGCCGUGCUCCUUAAUGGUUCACUUACUGUGAGCUGUGAGGCUAGGGGUCACCCCCCGCCUUCUAUAUACUGGACCAAGUUCUCUGGUAGUACAGAAACAACACUAGGUGGAGUAUCCGACCCAGUGGUGCUCACAAAUGGCUCGUUGAGGUUAGAAUCAGCACGAGCAGAACAUUCUGGAAAAUAUCGUUGCAGAGCCGACAAUGGAGUGUCACCCCCUUUAUCAAAAACUCUUACUAUACAUAUUAACGAGCCAGCAAGAUUUGAAACGCAAUCAGCCAAUGUUACUGCCAAGCUGGGGGAUACUGUAAGAUUGGCUUGUGUAGCUCGAGGAGAUUCGCCGCUUGCUACCGCAUGGAGUCACUCAGGGAGAGCUUUACCUAAUUCAGACUAUAGAAUGAGCAUAUCAGAAACUAGGAGUGCAGAAGGAUUAAGAAGCGAAUUAGUUAUAGAAAGAGCUGACAGAAGAGAUUCAGGCGUGUAUCGCUGUCAAGCAUCUAAUCCAUAUGGGAGAUCUGAUCAUUUUGUACAUUUGGCUGUUCAAGAGCCACCCGAACCACCAGCAAACUUCAGGGUCUUAGAGACCACAUCACGUUCAGUUCGCCUCCAGUGGAGAAGGCCAUAUGAUGGCAAUUCUCCAGUGUUGGGUUACGUGGUACAAUACCGCAAGCAUGAUUCGACAAGCUCCGAUUCUUGGAGGGAUGCUGAAACUCAUAAUGUGUCCGUAUCUGCCCAUGCACCGGAGUCGUAUGCAGAAACUGAGAGUGCGACAAUAUCUGGUUUAGAACCAGCUACAGCGUAUUUAGUGCGGGCUCGGACGGUGACCGCGCAGUUUGCAUCAGCUCAUACGAGGGCCCUACUUGCAUUGACAUUGCAUGAACCACCUUCAAGAGCUCCAAUAAGCUUGCGAGCAUCAGCUCCAAGAUCCUCUACUAUUGAACUAGCUUGGCAGGCGCCUCCAUCAUCAUCCUGGAAUGGAGAACUGCUAGGGUAUACAGUAUGGUGGUGGCCUUCAGCUGAUGGAACAUUAGCCGGAGGUUCGAACGUAGGCAUGGAGUUUGCCACUGUCAGAGGACAAAUAACAAAGUACAUUAUCGAAGGUCUGGAACAUUAUACCCGAUAUUCUGUCAGCGUCAGAGCGUUCAACAGUGCAGGUGCAGGACCUGCUACUGCUCCUGUCAAUACUUUAACACAAGAGAGUGUGCCAUCAGAAGGUCCACGCGCUGUCAGGUGUCGAGCAGUAUCGCCACAAAGUAUUAAAGUAGAGUGGUCCCCACCGCCAGCGCACGCUCAUCACGGCGCGUUAUUAGGUUACAAAUUGCUUUACCGCCCGGAACAUACGACUGAGUGGUUGGAGUGGGACGCACGGGGCAACGGCGGGUCCAAUGUGGGAGCGGGCGCGGAGGUGAAGCGGGUAGCGGGCGUGGAGACGCUUCUGCUUGCGUUGCGGCCUCAUACUAACUAUACUGUUCAGGCGCUUGCGUACACGGCAGCUGGUGAUGGCGUGCCCGCUCAUCCUAUACACUGUACCACACAACAAGAUGUUCCGGGAUCGCCUGCAGCAGUAAAAGUAGUGGCUACUUCAGUUACUUCCUUAGCAGUCAGCUGGUUACCACCAAGUAGACCUAAUGGCCCGCUACUAUAUUACACUGUAUUUUAUAGAGAACUUGGCAGGGAUAGACCGCCAAUAACUACAACGGUGCAAGUGGAAGAUGGUGACCCAUUUGUAGGUCUAGGAGGGUCGACAGAAUUGAGGUCACUGUCUGAAGGUGCAACCUAUGAAGCUUGGGUUGCUGCUCAUUCUGCUGCUGGUGAGGGAGAACCAUCACCACCACAGCCGGCUACGACUACAUCAAGAGCAAGAGCAAGACUCCUCUCAUUCGGCGUGUGGGCUCGCGUUCAAUGUGGCCAUUCCUUGCGCCUCGCCUGCGCUUGGCGUGGUGAGCCGGCUCCACGUGCUCGGUGGCUGCGAGGAGAUCGUCCUGUAACUCAUGAUCCAAGGACACAUCUUACUCCCCAUGGACAUCUGGCUAUUCAUGAAGUAGACGCAUCCACAAGUGGUAACUACACGUGCUCAGCUCGCAACACAUUUGGGUCUGAAGAAGUGACGUACCGCGUGGAAUGCGCCGCGCCACCGGCCGCUCCCACUCUCACCUUGGACCACGCCGCGCACACCGACGCAAGACUGACCUGGCGGACCACGCACCACCCGGCGGCUCCACCACAUGGUUUCACAAUCUGGUGGAUUCGUGUCCGUGAUGAUACAGGAGAUGGUUUGGAGUCAAUGAGCUCUCGGACUGAAGAGGAACGGAGGCUGGAGACAGGAGGAGAAGCAUCGAGUGUAGUGUUGAGAGCUCUGUCCUGUGGGGCCACGUACUCCGUGCGAGCUGUGGCGCACUCCAGAGCCGGGCCAUCACCACCUUCCGUGCCACUCUUGGUGAAGACUAAACCUCCAGUGUUAGUCUGGGAAGGUGGAGGGGAAGAAAGACUUGAGGAGGGAGCUGAAGCUGCGAUUUGGAGCAACAGCAGCGCUCUAGCGUUAGACGCGAGACGCGCUGUGCGUUGUGGAGCCAGGCUUGUGAGGCUGCAGUGGAGACGAGCUGACGCUGCCGGAGCUGCAGCAUGGAGAGACGCUGACCUUACUUCCCUACACCAUCAUCGGGAGGUCGUGAUAGGUGGGCUGGCUGCAGGCGCCUGGUAUGCGCUCCGGCUGUGGACCGCCACGGAUUCCGCGCGGCACCAGGCUGUUAUUUACGCGGCUACCACCACACAUUCUGGAGAGCGCCUCCGUCGUCCAGUAGCCUUCCAAUCUGAGGGUGGUCAGAUUGUGACUUCAAAUAACAAUGCUGAUACGGAGCGGGUGCUCGGGGCGGUGUCCCUGGCAUUUGCAGCACUCGCCGGUCUCGCUGUCACAGCGCUGCUACUGGUAUUAGUUGCGAAACGAAGCACAUUAUGGCCUUGUGGGGGUACAGCAGAUGAAGAGACUAGACGCUGCAGUCACUCAGUGGCCAGCACCGACAAGUCAGUCUGUCCGGAACAGCAGAACAUCAGGAACUGCCAACAUGACUACAAACAUGACAAACUGUCACCUGCUUCUGAUGUGUACGAGAUAAGUCCGUACGCGACGUUCGCUGUGGGGGGCGAGGCAGCUACGGCCGCAACUUUGGACCACACGCUGCAGUUCCGAACUUUCGGCCAUCGGGACAAUGACGCACCGCCACAUCGACCGUGCAGAAAGCACCCACAACGACAUCGGGAAAGGGCUGAAGUGGAGAAGCACCACUCGGAGUGCGAGCUGCAGCAGCUGAGCCGGUAUGAGAAGGUGCGACCGAGGCACUGCGCACCGACCUCAUACUGCGUGCCACUCGCUCAUCAUGCUAAAGGUGCACUGUCAGCAAGUAUGCUUGGUGCGGGCGGGAGCGGUGGCGGGAGCGGGAGCGGCGGCGGUUGCGGCAGCGGUGGCGGUUUAUCCGAAGUGUACGCUGGCGACUCAAGCGCAGAGUCAGGCCCUGGCUCGCUGUCUCCCCGCACGCAUCAUGAACACAGCUAGCGCGCAGCCAGCCUGCUGCCCAGCUCAGUGACAUCUACCAUAUCGUAAGCCACGGAAACUUAGCUAUAAUGGCUCAUACAUUUAGGAACUACUAAAUGGUCACUUUUUGUAACAAUUUAGGGGUGAUUUCCAUCUAUAACCUUUGCUGUUUUAAAAGUUACCAGGAUGAGAGAUCCUUAAAUGACGUCACAACUCACAACCGACAAUGACAUUUUACUUCUCUUUGGGAUUUUCUGACCUUGCCUUUUGUAAUGAGACUUGAGACUUCUUUUUAGUGGCGCCACUGUAGCUUAAAGAUCUGUCAAAUGAAUGACCAUUUGCGACACUAGCGCCCCUAGGGACAUGAAGUGGAAAAUCCUUAAUUAAUGCUUCUAGGAUUUUAAAUUAUUAUCAGUCUCCAUUAUUUUUUACGUAAAAUCGUGUAUCUUUUGAUGUAAAACAUCACUGACAAAAUUAAAUGAGAAAUAAACAAAACUCCAAGCCCUUAUGUACCACAUUACCUAUAUAACACACUCCCCGUUUGUGCCAAACAAUUCACUGCCUAUAGUAUCAAUAUUUAAGACUUAUUUUACAACGAAUGAUUUUGUACUUGAUGCUUUUUGGAACUGAGUUUUUUGGAUUUGUAUUAAUUUUUACUUAUUUAUAUUGUAUGUUUUUACUACAUAUUAAAUCAACGUGUGUAUCUACUUACCUUACUAUUAUAAAACUGGAUAAGACACUUUUUCCUCUUUAUUUAAGUAUACAAUAAAGUUUUUAAGCAUAAUUAUUAUUUAUUAAGAUGCAAGCGUAAGCAAAAAUAGCCAUUUCCAUUUUAAAGAUUAAUUCAACGUAGUCAACAUGCUAUAAAACUCGGAAUUGGGUUGUUAGGAAUUAAAACUUUUUUUAUUUAUUCGCUGUACGAAAGUUUCUCGAUGUUUUUAUUCCAAUAUUGGUUUCGUUAGUCUGGAGCGAUGAUUGAUUACUAUUCCAAUAAAAGUUGAUGAAUACUGGCAGCAUUCCCUAUUUCUUCUACUACCAAUUUGCUAAUACCAGUCUACUUAGUAAGCCCUAGUUUAAUAGGACAACAUGGUCGUAUUAUUAGUCGCACCGCAAACAUAAUUAUAGUAUUAAUAUUUGCAUUUAUAUAGCCUUGUACCCAAAUGAUUUUUUACCUGAGUAAACUUUUUUGGAGGGGAGGAAAUUAUUCAAUGGCUUUUCCAGCUUUGGGUGAGAAGAGUGAGUGAAUUUUAGAAUUUGAAAUUUAGAAUUUUACUGACUAAAAACUACCCCUGUUCUUUGAGCCGGAGCCCCGGUAAACCUACUAGGUAGUCUGCAGCUCCCCCGAUAAAUCUAGUUCGAUAUUUUUGAUCAUUUACAUUCCAUAAAAACUGUAGUUAAUAUUAACGCGAUAGAAAUGGAGAAAAACUACACACUACCCGUUUGUGCCAAACAAUCCACUGCCUAUAGUAUCAAUAAUUAAGACUUAUUUUACAAUGAAUGAUUUUGUACGCGAUGCUUUUUGAAACUGAGUUUUUGGGAUUUGUAUUAAUUUUUACUUAUUCAACCGAAUCGAAAUGGAACCGAAUGAUAUGUCAUUACUAUAGCGCGAUUAAUCAUGCAAUCAUAGUGUCCUAGUAAAAAAAGGGCCUUUGAUAUUUACUGGAAUAAUUUCCCAUAUAUGAUAAGCAUAAUAUCAAGUGUUAAAACCUAUUUAAUAUUACUAAACAGUUCAUAUAGCAUUAUGUAUUGUAUACCAAUAAUAUUUCAUCGUCUUCAAUCGAUAUAAGGUUUAAUUGUAAUGUCUCACGCCGUGUGUUUGUUGGGACUUAACAUUUUUUAAUUCACUGUUUUUUUGAUGAUUUUUCUAUUUUUCGUCUACCUAGUUUGUGUCCGAGUCUUUUUUUCUUCCGAAUUCUUUAAGAAAAGUACUUAAGUAGAAAGUAUUUGUUUUCUUAUGAAAAUAAAAAUACGUGUCUAAUGUUUUGAAAUAAUCUACAAGACGGACAUUAAAAUAUAAAUUAGUCAUCUACCCUAUUGUCUUUAAGUUUGAAUUGUAUUUUGCAUGAUUCCUUUUGGUUUUUAAAACGUAGCUAUUUAACAAAUGGCUUAUAAUCUCAUACAUGGCCAAGCCUAACACGUUUAUAAAAGUGUAAACACAAUCUCGAGACGCCAUUUUGUGUAGCGCGAAUAUUAUCAAGUUUACUCCUAAUAAAUACACGGCUAAUAGCUGUUAAAAGUAGCUAGUUAACUAUGUGGAAGAUAAUAGUUAAUAUAACAUCACGCCUCGUCCCUGAAGGGAUAAGCAGAGGUGGGAUAAAAUGUCUGAUUUUCGCUAGUUAGUUAUGUUAAAUAUUGCGUCAAUGGAUGACUUGUAAUGUGUUAUGAUUGGGCUUUGGACAGAUUGAAGUAAUGUUAGCUUGAAAAGUUACAUAUAAAGAGGAGUUUUUAAUCUCAAAUGGUUCUAAAGACGCGAGGUGUUAAUCAUAACUAACAGUCAUACUGCCGCACUCAGAGACAUUUAAUGUUUACUUAAACUAUGCCUCAGUAACGAUUUUGUAUCGAAAGCAAUCGCUAAGGACUGGGUUAAGUAACCAUUAAAUCACUCUGAGUACGGCGGUAAGCUUUUAUAGGCCUAUGUACCAUUGAACGUAAAAUCACGAGGUUUUCAACAACUGUUUUUGAUAUUAUUGUCUGAAUAUGAGGACAGACUGUAAUAUAACUUAACUAGCGAAAAUGUUAUAUUUUAUUAGUCAAUAAAUAACAUGUAAAUACCUAACUAUAUAGUCGGACUGAUGUGUAAUAUCUACGUUAAUUCGGAGCUUACAUUUUGUAAAUAAAUUUUGUAGAUAAAUUACGAACUCUAGUCAAUUUUUAUUAAAUGUUUUUAUGACAAUAUAAUUGUAUUGUGUAAAUAACGAAUUACAUAAGUAUCUAAUGAUAUAUGUGACAAUCUGUUUCAUGUAAAAUAAAUCUAUUUAUCGCGA